UUUACAAGACAAGGUGUUACAAUAAGCCCUCUGAGCAGCACUACGUCCUCAGGGCGGAUUGGAGGCUACAGUGAGUCGCUAUUGGAAAGUCGGGGCUAGCUGGUUAGCAUGCUAACUUCAGAAGAAGAAAAGAUGUGAUAGAGACAAGAGUUACCACUUCCGUUGCCUUCCACCUCUGGAAACAGCUGUUGGAGCCUGUUGAGCGCAUCACGGUUUUGACUGCGGGCUGAGAAACACCUUUGUUUUCAUCUUAAUCGGUAAAAGAUACGUGCAAAUCUUACACCACUGCAGACUGGCGAUCAAGCAGGCAACAACGGAGACCUCUGGAUGUCUAAAUCUACUUUUUUUUUUUUAUUUAUCAAAUAAUCCCGCCUUUACCAGCCGAAAUGGAAAAUUCAAGACACUUUUCCUCAGUAUGUACGUCUGCAUGAGGACGGCUGCUGCUGACAGGAUUUUCAGAAUAAACUGAUGCCUGACCUUAAAAGAAGUCAGUUGGACAAUCAAUAAUUUAAGGCAUUAAAUAGUUUCUCCACCAGGAUCAGGGAGACGUAUCUGAGCCAAAACCAGCAGAACUGAGACUAUAUGUUUGUGAUGGACCACAAUCCUCAGCAUCCUCGACGGAAAAUAUUGAAAUGGUCGGUGAGCACCAUAUUCAUCGUCAGCAGCCUCACUGUCACCCUGCAUCUCAGAUUCAGUACGGACCGGACCGUUCAAAACAAGAUGCUGUCCUACCAACCAAAGCGUCAGACUCCACAAUGUCAUCCAGGACAUAUGGCUCCCCAGAGAGAGAAGGAAUCCAUCGUUGCAGUCGACGGGAUGAAGACGUUUCUGGUAUCAGCUUAUCGGGAGCAUCGUAUGAAACAAAAGGAGGUUCAUGUUCUUGCAGUGGUGCUGAGGAGCGAGACACAAAGCUACCGUUGCCACCUCCGUUGUCAGGACCAACUGCACAUCUCUGAAGGUGUUGGUAAAAUCCAUACUGAUCACUUCAACUUUGCAUAUGGUACAGCAGAGAUCGAGUGUCCUAUCCCCUCAGGCUGUGAGACCCUGUCCCAUGUCGCUGUGACCUCUUCCGCAGCCAAUUCUGAAGAUAAACAUGACCAAGAAUUUCUAGAGGUGAAGAACCAGGAGGCGAAAACUGACUCUUUUCCUUACAACUUCACCGUCUGCAUCUCCACCAUGUUCGAUUUCACCAACGUGCUGCAGCUGGUCCAGAGUUUGGAAAUGCUGCAGUUACUGGGGGUGAACAGAGUUGUCGUCUAUAAGACCAGCUGCAGCCCUGAAACACAGCACAUACUGGACUACUACACUCAGAAAGGUUUCGUGGAGGUGAUUCCUUGGUCUAUCUCCAGAUUUGUGAAUGUAUCGCGAGACUGGUUGCCUGAACAUGGUCCAGGUGACCUCCAUUACUUUGGCCAGAUUCCUGCUCUCUGUGACUGUACCUACAGAUACAUGUACCAAUCCAAAUACGUGGCCCUGCACGACAUUGACGAGCUCAUACUGCCCCAGUCAGUCAACAGUUGGUUGGAGUUGUUGCCACUGCUGGAGAACAAAUAUGAGGCUGACCGCUGUUACAUGUUUGAAAAUAACGUGUUCCCCAACAACAACACACAACCUCCACCAGACUCCCAAAUUCAACCCCCACAGAGCUGGCAGGAUGUGUCCGGGGUCAACAUCUUGGAUCACCUGUACUGUGAACCCAUCAUUAAAGCCACUCACUACAGCAACUACAAGAUCAUUGUCAACCCCCGUGUCGUGUUCACACCGACCGUCCACGGGCUAAUAGAAUCAAAGCACGGCUGCGAGUGGGUCGACAGGAAUAUAGCACGAAUGUACCACACAAGAGCUGCGAAACAACCCGAUCUGAAGCCAGACCAGCUCAUCUAUGAUGGCAGACUGCUGAACUACAGCACCCACCUCACACCAGCUGUCAAUACUGUGCUCAGAGAGAGUGGACUUCUACCAGAGGGCAGCAUACAGUAGCCUCAGUUUGUGUGUGAGUGUGUGCGUGCGUGUGCCUUGUCUAUUCAACUAAUGGAGAGGAUUGAUUCCACAGAGCUUUAUAUUUGAAUCGUUUAAUGGAUGUACGCGGAUCAAAGUGAAAGUGAGUGAGUGAGGAUUCACACAUUGAGGCUGACAACAUGUUGCUUUGUUGAUUCCCACUUUAUUUUCAUGGUAACACGUUGGCUGAGAAAGUUCAAUUCACUUCAGCUUUAGAGGGGCAUCUUACAGGAAGAUUACAGGAAAUUUGCUUUUUUUAAUACUGUUCAAUACUUUUCUUGGGUGAAUGAUUGAAUAGUGAUUAAUUCUAAUUAGAAUGAUUCAAGGAGAAAGUCUUCAAAUGUGUUUUCUAUCUCUUGCAAAUAUACCACCUCAGUUUCAGAGUUAAAUUAACUUUCAAAUUACACAAACUUAUAAAGUAUAUGAAUUAAAUCUGAUGUACAAUGUAUAUGUCAGGGUAAUAUGUUUACAAAGAAGGAAAUUAAACUAUUGCAGAUUUUUUUUUUUUUUAAUAUUUUAAUUGAAUUUUGCUUUGUAAGUUAUUGUGGCGCAUCAUUGUCUGAAGCAAAUCCUUGUAUGAUAAAUACUGGUUUUGGAGCUGUAGACAGUUGUAUUUUACACAGUCUGUGUUUAAUAAAAGAAUUCUGAUUUGCACUUUAAA